GACACUGUGUACCAAAGAAAUGGUGAUGGAGAAGCCAAGUCCCCUGCUUGUAGGGCGGGAGUUUGUGAGACAGUACUACACUCUGCUAAAUAAAGCUCCUGAUUUCUUGCACAGGUUUUAUGGCAGGAAUUCUUCUUAUGUCCAUGGAGGACUGGAUGCCAGUGGGAAACCACAGGAAGCAGUGUAUGGUCAAGCUGAGAUACACAAGAAGGUGAUGUCACUACAGUUCAGUGAAUGUCACACCAAGAUUCGUCAUGUGGAUGCUCAUGCUACUCUGAGUGAUGGGGUGGUUGUGCAAGUCAUGGGAGAGCUGUCCAACAAUGGGCAGCCAAUGAGAAAGUUCAUGCAGACUUUUGUGCUUGCUCCAGAGGGUUCAGUUCCAAACAAGUUUUAUGUCCAUAAUGAUAUCUUCAGAUAUGAGGAUGAAGUAUUUGGAGAUUCAGAAGGAGAACUUGAUGAAGAGUCUGAAGAAGAGGUGGAAGAGGAGCAGGAGGAAAGACAACCAUCACCUGAACCUGUGCAAGAGAAUGCAAGCAGUACUUACUAUGAAAACCACCCUGUAACCAAUGGGAUAGAGGAGGCACUAGAAGAAUCAUCUCAUGAACCUGAGCCAGAAUUGGAAUCUGAAACAAAAACUGAGGAGCUGAAAGCUGAAGUAGAGGAAAAGACCCUUGAGGAGCUAGAAGAGAAGUCUCCAUCUCCACCUCCUGUAGAGCCUGUUUCACUACCACAAGAACCACCAAAGGCUUUCUCUUGGGCUUCAGUGACCAGUAAAAACCUGCCUCCUAGUGGUACUGUUUCUUCCUCUGGAAUUCCACCCCAUGUUAAAGCACCAGUCUCACAGCCAAGAGUUGAAACUAAACCUGAAGCUCAGUCUCAACCUCCUCGUGUGCGUGAACAACGUCCCAGGGAAAGACCAGGUUUUCCACCCCGAGGACCUCGACCAGGGAGAGGGGACAUGGAACAGAAUGAGUCGGAUAAUCGUCGAAUAAUUCGCUACCCGGACAGCCACCAGCUCUUUGUUGGGAACUUGCCCCAUGACAUCGAUGAGAGUGAACUGAAGGAGUUCUUCAUGAGCUUUGGAAACGUGGUAGAACUUCGCAUAAAUACUAAAGGAGUGGGAGGAAAACUGCCUAAUUUUGGUUUCGUGGUAUUUGAUGAUUCUGAGCCAGUCCAGCGAAUUUUAGUUGCAAAACCCAUUAUGUUCCGGGGUGAGGUGCGCUUGAACGUAGAAGAGAAAAAAACAAGAGCCGCUCGUGAGAGGGAGACCCGCGGCGGAGGCGACGACCGUAGGGAUAUUCGCCGCAAUGAUAGAGGCCCCGGGGGUCCCCGUGGAAUAGUGGGUGGUGGCAUGAUGCGAGACCGUGAUGGAAGAGGACCCCCUCCCAGAGGUGGCAUGGCACAGAAACUUGGCUCUGGACGAGGAACCGGGCAGAUGGAAGGUCGUUUCACUGGACAGCGUCGCUGAGCAUCUCCACUGUGGGCAGACGAGUCUUGGCAGUGGUACAUUAUCCAUCGUGUUUGCAUUCUUGUUCAUUUUUUAUUAUUAUUUUUUUUUUUUGGCUUUGGAAUGUGACACAGCCCUUCUGAUCAUUUCUUUGAUGUGAAAGCAUCCUUUGGUUUCCAGUUUAAAUUGAGGUGGACGUUCUUUCCCCAGUUUCACGACAGGAGUUACACUGUUAAUUUAUAAAUGUAGACUUGGAGAAUUGAGGACUGAAAAAAAAAAAAAAAGAGAGAGGAAAAAAAAAACCAAACACCACUGGUUAAACUAUCUGCAACAAACAUGGACUAAAGGACACGCCCAAUAGAAUCCAGGUCCUUUCAGUCAAAAA